AUGGCUAACCCCAGUGUUCUUACUUUUGAUGCUGAGGGCCGUGCCAUUGACUUUGAGGUCUGGGUUUAUGACCUCCAGCUGUUCCUACAGUGCGAUAGGGCAGACGGUCUCUCCCUCUUUGACCUCACUUCUGGUGCCUCUCUUGCCCCUGCUGCUGAUGCUGACGCCACUGUUCGCUCACAGUGGGCAACACGCGAUGCUGCUGCUCGCCUUGCUGUGCGUCGCCACUUACCGACCACUGAGCGUGCACACUUUAGCCAGUACAAGAGUGCUCAGACUUUGGACCACUUCCUCUCAGUUUGCCCAACCACUCUCACCGUUGACCUCCUCAGGAAGGGCCUCCUAGCAGCAGAGAAGAGCAUAGUCGCUGUAGGAGCCUCUCGUGGUGACCCUCGCAACCCCGUCUUUGAGGGGUGUUCCCCCACCCCCCUCUUGCCCUCUGUUGCUUCUGCUGCUGCGGCCAACCUCGUUGGUUUCGAGUCGGUCGGCGCUGCGUCUGCCCCUAGCGGGAGACGCCGCACCGGCAAGGGCAAGAGGGGCAAGGGCGCUGGAGGGGCUGGCGGGGGCGGUGGAGGAGGUGGUGGAGGCAGUGGAGGGGGUGGGGGUGGUGGUGGGAGUGGUGGCGGGGGUGGAGGUGUCGGUGGCAGCAGUGGUGGCCGAGGAGGCGGUGGCGGUGGCGGAGAUAGCGGAGGCGGUGGAGGCGGCGGAGGCGGCGGAGGUGGCGGAUGCGGCGGAGGCGGCGGAGGCGGCAGAAGCGGCGGCAGCAGCAGUGGACCUGGUCGCGGCUCUUCGCAGAGGAGUGGCUCCGGUGGUGGUACUCGCCAGCAGGAGCAGCUUCGUGAGUGGUACGCUGCGCGUCAGCACGGUGGGGGUACGGGUCCCUGCACCUACGUUCUCCGCACCGGCGACCGCACUGGUGAGCAGUGCGGGGGUGCGCACUCCACUCAGCGCUGCUUUGGCUGCAUGACGGACGCUUGGCGUCACCAAUUCCCUGAGGCCACUGAGAUCCCUCGCUGGGGCGAGCUGUCUAGGGCGGGAGUAGCUUUCUUUGACCUUGACUUUGAUGUUAUUCUUGCUGCCAUGUAUGCUGUGACUAUUAGUGAUGAGGGUGACUGUUCCCGGUGUUUUCCGCCCGACCCGGGCAUUGGGACUGCUGCUCUAGGUACUGGUGAGGCUGCUGCUCUAGGUGCCAGCAAGGCUGCUGCUCUAGGUGCAAGUGCGUCUGCUUCCUCAGGUGCUGGUGAGUCUGCUCUCUCAGGUACUGCGUCGGCUUCGGCCUCCCUCACCUUCACCCUUGACUCGGGGGCUUCUCGCUCCUUCUUUCGAGACCGCACCACACUCACGCCGCUUGGUGUGUCCCAGGUAGACGCAAUUUAG